GAGCAUUGUUCGAUUCGACGUCAGGUUAACCAAUUCCCUUUCCUUCUUUUCCUUUUAUCUAUCCUAUUUUUUAAUUCACUCUUUUCUUUACACGGCCUUAUGAUAACACCCUAAUUGAAAUUGCCAAAUUCAAUGUCUUCUGAAAACGCCGCCACAUCUACAUCCUCCGACAAUGCGGGCCCCCGUGCGGAGCUGGAUAUCACGAAGCUCCAUGCCCUCCCCUCCGAACAACAGGAUCUUUACCUGCUUACAUUCACAUCGGACCUAGUGCAACACAUCUCAGGAUUGGAUGGAGCGCAGGUGUCAUCUCAGCAGAAGUUCUUGAAGAAGGAACUGUUCAAGAUACUUACACUUCCGUCGCCGACGAUCACACGAGUCCUCCGCAACAACCUAGGACGAUGCUCUGGGGCUAUACUUGGGAAGGGAGACCGGGGUAUACUGUUCGAGACUAUAACGGAGUUACUGGGCAUUUUAAAUGCGGGGAAGAGCGAGGCGGACAUCAAGACGAAGUUCGCCGCGGCGCAUUGUAUAGGGGAGGUCUUUGCGGUCGCUGGAGAGAGUGCUUUUGCGCAGUCAGGGGCAGUGGUUUCCAGCUUACUCAAGCUGUUGAAGCCGUCCAGUAACCACACAGGUCUUCGUGGCUCAAUCUUUGCCGUGCUGCGCAAGGUAGUUGUCGGCGUUGGACUCCCUGUUGAUGAACCGACAGCUAGAGAUGUUUGGAAACAGGCCCGCAAUGCAGCAACCAGCGACAAGUCGACUUUCGUCCAGGUCCACGCCUGUCGCUGCCUUGAGCAGCUGGUGAAAACAACACCAUUCUUUGACAACACGAGCGACCUGGAGAAUCUGAAGACCGUGAUCUGGAAGAUCAUCGAUAGCCCCGUGGCUCCCGUCCGACAUGCGGCUGCAGCUUGUUUAGCUCGAGCAUUGGUGAAGCUCCAUGCCAUGGAUAACCGAGUUGCGCCUGCCCCAAAGCCGAAGAAAUCAAAGAGGCAGUCCAAGAAACCGGCGCCUAGACCCGGCGACGAUGAAGAGGAGGCGGAAGUUUCUGAAGCUUCUACCCCUAAAAAGGAUACGCGCUUAUAUUUCCUACUCCCUGAUCUUCUCCGUCAGCUGUCUAUUCAAUAUUUGAAGAGCACAACUUCCAAUCGCGCACGGGCGGGUAUUGCUGUGUGCUAUAAGCAUGUUUUGCGCAACCUCGGGGACAAGAUCAUUGAAGAGCGGUAUGGUCAGAUCGCGGGCCAUCUUCUUUUUGAUCUCUUGAACCACCCAACCGUCACAUAUAAUCGAUUUAGACAUCUCAUGACUAGGAAGUUUAUUAAGAGCAUUCUGGAGGAUACCGUUGGCCGCGAGUCGCUGCGAGAGAACAGUCAACUCAAUGCAGCCAAGUGGUUGAUUAAUGAGGUUCUCAAGGAUUAUCCUCAGGUCAUUCAAGAGCGCCGCGAGCCUAGCAAAUAUACUCUCACGAGUGCCCUUAGUGCGCUGUCUUCUUUGAUUUCAUCGCUUGGAUCGGCCUUCGGUACUCUUGCCGAAGCUUGUCGCGAGGCUUUACUUCAGGUUCUCCCCCAUCCGAGCUACACUGUUCAGAUCCACGCUGCACACUGUCUGCGUGAAUUCGUCCUUGCAUGCCCACACCAGCUUUUGUCAUGCGUGACGAUUUGUAUGAAUAGUCUGAACAGGGAGCUUGGACAGCUAUCUACACCACGACAGUCCCCGCGGCGCUGUGUCGGGUAUGCAAAUGGGCUUUCGGCAAUGCUGAGCACUUCUCGCCUUCAGCCACUUUACGGCUCCGUUGAGGUGUUCUCCCGUGUAUUCAACCAGGCAACCGAUCUGCUGAAAACAAGCAGCAGCUCUGAACUGCGAACUGCAAGCACACAGAUUCAGGUUGCUUGGAUUCUAAUUGGAGGGCUGAUGCCUCUGGGCCCUAGUUUUGUGAAAAUUCAUCUUUCUCAGUUGAUGUUGCUUUGGAAAAACGCGCUUCCCAGGCAUCUUGGUAAAGAGAAUAGUGCUCAGCGGGGAAAUUUAGAGAUGAGCUUUCUGACACAUGUCAGAGAUUGUGCUUUAAGCUCCUUGUUGACUUUCAUGGAGUUCAACAGUAAAUUGAUUACGGCAGAUGGAGCGAAAAGAAUAGCUACAUUUCUGGAGAACACAGUCACCUACCUCGAUGAUUUGCCAAAGCAGAAAAAAUCUGUUGAAGAUAUUUCGCAGCGGCUUCACCCUUCAUUACAGCUAAGUGACCUUGCAACAAUGGUCCGUCGACGUGUUCUCCAAUGUUUUUCGAAGCUUGUCCAUAUCCAUCACCUUAGUCAUGGAGAUAUAAUUUCCCAAUCUAGCCUUUUGAGUCUUGCGAUAGCUUCGUUUGCUGAUCCGGAUUCCGCUCAAACAAAUCCAAUGGAGAGCUCGAUUGCGGCCUCCAGUGGCCAAUUUGACAACCUGUGGGAUCUCUGCGAUAACUUUGGUUUCGGGGUGACGGGCCUGUCAAGGGAAUACAUUGCAAUGACUCUAUCUGGGAAACAUGAGAAUGAGAAUGGGCCAUCUUGGUCUGCUGUGGACUCGGCAGAUCAGUCCAUUGAUGAUGCUUUGACUUUUCCGAUUUGCCAGGCGAGCGAACACGAUUCAGUUCUUCUCUACUGCUCAAGAGAUGGUGACAGCAUUGUUGCAGACCCACCUACAACUGGGGUUGUCAAUGCUGCUGUCGAUCUAUUUGCUGUUGCUAUUCCCCUUCAUGCCCCUAAAGUCCAGGAGAGCAGCGUUGAGCAAAUUGCAACCUUUCUUUCAUCCCCUAGCCUCCAGCGGAACCCUGGACGCAAAGCUGCCAUGGUCGUCAACAUAGGUGUGGCAUUGCUUCAUGCUCUCAAGGUUGCUGUUAAAGACCUAGCCCCCUCGGCUGGAAAGUUGAAUCCAGCCACAGACAAAAUAUUGCAAGAGCUUUUACAGAAAUUUGUCACCGAUGCUGAUCCAAUUGUCCGUACCAUUGGAGUUGAGGCGCUCGGGCGACUUUGCGACAGUUCUGGAAACGCCUUCACAACCACGCAAAUCAACUGGCUUGUAGAUUCCAUUGUGGAAAAUCGGGAACCCAACACCCGUGCUGGCUGUGCUGCUGCUUUGGGCUGCAUCCACUCCCAAGUUGGUGGUAUGGCUGCUGGUUUGCAUCUCAAAACCAUUGUCGGCGUUUUGAUGUCGUUGUGCAAUGAUCCUCAUCCUGUGGUUCACUUCUGGGCUCUAGGAGGAUUGGAAAGAGUUGCAAAUUCUGCAGGCUUGACGUUUUCUCCCUUCGUCUCUAGCUCACUUGGAAUGCUGGCCCAGCUCUACAACGCAGAUACACAUAACGAAGAGGCAGUAACGUUGGCAACCUCCAACAUUGAAAUGUCCUUCCUCACACCUGUGGUUAUAAGUCGUUGCAUCGAUUCUCUCAUCAACGUGCUCGGGCCCGACCUACAAGACAUCGCUAAAACACGCAAUCUUAUCCUCACUCUUCUCCGACAAUUCCAGCUGGAAGAUAGCCCAGCUCUGGUGACUGAGAGCUCCAAAUGCUUGGAUCACCUGUUCUUAUAUGCACCAGGGUUUGUGGACUUCUCAGGAUACGUCAAGCGCCUUCAACAGGAACUUUCUUCGGAUAGCCCGCUGAUGAGAGAUGUGGCCGUUCGUGCACUGAGCAAUCUUAUGAAGCGGGAUGCUGCCUUGGUUAUCCGAAAUGCUACACCCACACUUGAAGAAGAUAUCUGGUUCGCUUUCGACGAUUCACCUGACAACAGUUUGCUCAGAAGCAUGAUACAAAAUUGGCUUCAGCAGACCGCUUUGGUUGAAACUGAAAUGUGGAUACAGCGUUGCCAAACUAUCUUGACCAAAACGCGCCAUAAAGUGGAAGAUGUGCCGCAGACCGCACCACCCAAGACUGCCAAUCAAGACAUUCCAGAUGAUGAAGUUGCAGGCUUCGCUUCUGCGGUUACUGGUACAGGACCGACUGAGGCCAAUGACGGCGUUUCUGGGCAGGAAUUAUUGAAAUGGCAGACUCGUAACUUCGUGAUGAGCUGUCUCAGUGAGCUAUUGGAAACAGUGCAAGCAGCCAUUCUACCAGACCAAACAAUCCCUGCCGAACUUGCUCUUCAGCAAAACGUUGGAGAUGUUGUCAGGAUGGCAUUCUCGGCCUCUACUGCAAAUGUCAUAGAGCUGCGAGUGUGGGGUCUGAAAAUCAUUGACCAAGUUCUUAAGAUGUUCGGCAAAACCCCAGACCCAGACUUCUCCGAGGCGUCUCUUUUGGAACAAUACCAGGCCCAAAUUGGAUCAGCCCUCACUCCAGCGUUUGCGGCCGACUCGUCAGCGGAACUGGCAUCAGAAGCAAUUAAUGUUUCUGCCACAUUCAUUGCAACGGGAAUCGUCACAAAUGUAGACCGGAUGGGCAGGAUUUUGAAGCUUUUGGUCCUUGGCCUGGAGAAUUUUUCUAAAAACCCAGACACGACCGAAAUUGGCGACCUGAAGGGACUGAACUCGAAUGCCAGAGUUAUGGUUAAGAUGGCUCUCUUUUCAGCCUGGGCACGGUUGCAGAUCGCGAGCAUAGAACAAGAUUAUCUGACUCAGGUAGUCGAGCCCUAUCUUAUAAGACUUACUCCACUGUGGCUCUCUUCCCUCCAGGAAUUCGCCCGUCUGCGAUUUGAGCCAGAUAUCUCAGGAAGUCUAGGCACCGGCCCGCAAGGUAGCGAUUUGGACGAGGUUUAUGCUGCUUUGAAUCGGGAAACAUUGUUGAAGUUCUACCAAGACUCCUGGCUUAAUUUUGUCGAUGCCAUCGCUGGUCUUGUCGAAAAGGACAUUGAUUUCGUUUUUGAUGCCCUAGAUGGAAAGUCGAAGCUGACGGAACCCACCGAGUCAGAAAAGAACGAAGAAAGCCCUGCUAAGGUCGAACCGGAGGGUAAAGGGCAUGAUAUCAACUAUCGCGAUGAACCGGUUGCGUUUUUCUUUGUCCUUUUUGGACUGGCAUUCGAGGCCCUUGUCGACCAAUUGACUUCACCAUCGCAGAGAAUGGAUAUUCUCCAGGCCCUCAAGAGAAUUCUACGGCCAGUGAUCUCAGGAAAUGCGAUAUACCAGGAUGCUAUCUUCUCCGAGACAAUGGAUAGCCUGGAUCGUCUUGUUCUGACUGAGGGAAUUCCUAUUCAAAAUGUCAUCGUUGAGAUAGCGCGCAACUUGUCGCUGGACCACCCCGCAGCAAAGGGAGGUCAAGGGCGAGUUGAGCAUCUUUCAGACGAUGUGGAGCAGCUGUUUGAGCUAACUAGAAGCAUUAUUUUGGUUCUUGCAACGCUGUUACCUAACCUCCGUGACUCUACACCAAUUGCUCGAUUCAACGUGACUUCUGACGACUCUCUGUCUCUUACUCGUCUUGCACUUUCAUCUCUAGUCGAUGUCGCUUCGAUUUUCCCAUCGAUUAUUCGCAAUGAUCUUCAUGCAUGCAUUCUGCACAUAUUCACCACCAUUCUUGCGACAGGAUUAUGCCAGCAGCAAGUCGUGCCUCAGGCUCUUCCGAUAUUCAAACAAUUUGUUCAGGGAAUAGCCAAUUCAGACGAUGACGAUGGACCUGAACGGUCUGAGAAUCUUAGUGUUGUGUCACACCAGCUUCGCGGUUGUUUAACACGCUUCCUCGCCACUCUCACCAUUGCUCAGCGACGAGAGUCAGAAUCUUCUCUGCCGUGUGCCAAGAACACCCUUCUGGCGAUUACUAUUUUAUUGACAACAGGAGGCCACCUCAUCCCACCUCAAGACCCACUUAUUAUUCGAGUCCUUGACGAGUGCCUCGAUUGUCUCCAUGAUGUUGGUCUUGCCAAUGUAGCAGCAGGCUGCCUCCGCUCGAUUCUAUUGGCCCCCAACCCUAGAUCACCUACAUACGAGGUCGUUGCCAGAUACCUGACACCCAGAUUGAUCGGUUUCCUGGUUGGCUGCCCAAUGGAAAACGGUGAAGUCCCGAGUGACCCAGAGAACUCGAGAGUUGUUGUUGCACGCACACUAGUUUCCUGUGUCACCCAUGGAGCAUUUUCUACCGGUGAAGUGCCAAAGGCCAUUUCCCUCGUCAUGUCGGCCCUCCUUGCCCGUGGAAAGCGUGAAGGGCAAGCAGUACAUCAAGAAACCGCAGCACACUUGCUGGAACUUGCAAAGGCUGACCAAACCACAUUCAGGCUCCUUGUAGCCAGCAUGAAGCCAGAGCAGAAAGCGUUGCUCGAGGAAAUCCUUCGAAGCGCGGGUGUUGGAGCCGGGGCAAACAGAAACCAAAGAGACAGUGCAGAAGACGAAGGCCAGCAGAAUAUGCCGAGUAUUGCACUGAGAUUUGAUUUCUAGUUUGAUACCCAGGGGAGUGUUUUUUUUUACUUUGUUUCUUUUUCUUUUUCCUUUUCUUUUCUCGUUUUCGACAUGAGCAAAAUUUUGAUGAUUGGACGGAUUAACAACAUGAAUGUGGUCCAGCAUACCUGAAUUCUGCUUUGCAUAUAUAGACUCGAAGAUAAAUCAGUGUAAUUGGCUUUACUGAACUGAAAAUAGAAAUAUACGCAUAUUCAUUCUGAACUCUGGUCUUCAUCCUCACCCACC